AUGCAGUACGUGGCUGCUGCUGCUGCUGCUGCAGCAGUUGCUGCUGCUGCUGCUGCGCUAUUGACUUCUGUACGCGCUGUUGCUGCUGCUGCUGCUGCUGCUGCUGCUGCUGCUGCUGCUGCUGCUGCAGGUGGCUGCGGCAGUUCUUCUUUGCUGCAGGAGGCGGAGCAGCUGGUGAUGACGGAGAUCCUUGAAUACAUACUGAGGCUCUCUAACCCUCAAUGGGUGUACAUACACCUCAUUCCUUACAAGGUCCGCUUUGCUGCUAUCCUAGCUGAGGCCGGUCUCCUCAAACAGGCGGAGAGGUAUUGUGAAUAUGCUGCUGCCUCGCUGAGGGCGCAGCCGCAGGUGAACGUGCCGCAGCAGCUGCGGGAGCUGCUGCGGCAGCAGAUGCAGCAGCUGCAGCAGCAGCAGCAGAACUCUUUGCUGCGGCAGCAGGACACUAUACUAACCCAGCUCCGAAGGGAACGCAUGCAGCAGCAGCAGCAACAGCAGCAGCAGCAGCAGCAGCAGCAGGAUUCCACUUGUGGCGGGUCUAGGGGUGUAGGCCGCAGCGCCAGCAGCAGCCGCAGCAGCAGCGCGAAGGUCCUGAACGACAGCAGCAACAGCAGCAGCAGCAGCAACAGCAGCAGCAGCAGCAGCAGCAGCAGUUGGUUGGGGGGUGUAUUUGUGGGUAUAAAGAAGGCUGUGCUGCCGGUGCUGGCGGGGGAGGAGAGACAAAUAGGCGUAGAGAAUAAAUUUUAUUAUAAUACAGAAAAACAACGCUGGGAGGAAAGAGGUAAGGAGACACCAGACGACGCAGAAGAAGAGCAGCAGCAGCAGCAGCAGCAGCAAGCCCCUCCCCCACCGCCAGCAGCACCUGCUGCUGCCUUCAACGCUCAGCCUACAAGGGGCCCAGGGGUCGACAGGAGGCGGAUGUAUGUGAACCCUUUUGGGGGCCCCCAGGGGCCCCAGAGCCCCCAGGGCCCCCAGGGCCCCCAGGGGCCCCCCCAGGGGCCCACGCAGGGGCCCCUGGGGCCCCUGGGGCCCCAGGGGCUGAAGGGGCCCCCCACUGCUGGGGGCCCCCUGGGGGCCCCCCUGGGGGCCCCCCUAGACAAACCCUCCACUAAACCCACUCUGCUGCUCAAUGGAUGGGGUGCUGCUCACGGGUCAAGCGGUCCCUCAUCUAACCCAAUUUCAUUUCCCUUUGCUACUCCCGCAGCAGCAGCUGCUGGCAGCAGCACUCAGCAGCAGCAGCAGCAGCAGCAGCAGCAGCACGAGCAGCAGCAGCAGCAGCUGCUGCUGCAGCAGCAGCAGCAGCCUGGCUUGGCUGCCCCCUUAGCCCCUCCCCCUUUUCCUUCUUUCUUACGUUGA